UGUCAUUUCAGACACAGCAUGGGAAUAGGACUCUUAUCACGAUCCCACGAUGUGACGUCACAACGCUGCGACGCGUUCCUGCAUCUGUUAUGAUUCGGCUGAUGAAAGGUUUAGUGACUCCAGAAGACAGAAGACUCCUGCUGAAGCGACUGAGAUCCACGUGACACUAUUAUAAAGAUGGCGUUUAUUAAAGAGGAGUGUGAAGACAUUAAAAUUGAAGAAGCAGUCAGGGUGAAACAAGAAGAUACCGAGGAACAAACAGAUCUGAUGCCACUGAAAGAGGAGUAUAAUUUAUCGAAUGAAAUGGAAGAGAAAAAUCAGUUUGAGAAGCAUCAGGAUUCUAUACCUGGAGAAAAAUGUUCCUCACAGACUGAAAAGAAACCUCGAAAGUUACGGGCUCUGCCUCCAUUAAUCUGCUUUCAUUGUGGAAAGUAUUUCAAUCAACAUGGAAACCUUACAGUCCAUCUGAGAGUUCAUUCUGGAGAGAAGCCUUUCACCUGCCAAGAGUGUGGAAAGUGUUUUACUCAAAAAGCACACCUUAAAGUGCAUAUGGGGAUUCACACUGGAGAAAGCUCUUCCCCAUGCCUGGAGUGUGGAAAAAUAUUUAGAAAUAGAGGAAACCUUAAAGAACACAUGAGAAUUCACACUGGAGAGAAGCCUUACACAUGUCCUCAGUGUGGAAAGAGUUUUAACCGAAAAGGAAAGCUUAGCGAUCACGUAAGAAUUCACACUGGAGUGAAGCCUUACAUUUGCCAACAGUGUGGAAAAAGUUUCAAUAAAUCUAUUACCUUAAAAAUUCACAUGAGAAUUCACACUGGAGAGAGCUCUUUUAACUGCCAACAGUGUGGAAAACAUUUUGAACAACAAGGAAACCUUAAAAACCACAUGAUAAUUCACACUGGAGAGAAGCCAUUUGUGUGUGAUCAGUGUGGAAAGAGUUUCAACCGAAAAGGAAAUCUAAAAGUUCACAUGAGUGUUCACAGCGGAGGGAGUCCUUUCACCUGUCAACAGUGUGGAAAAACUUUUACUCAAAAAGGAAACCUUAAAGUCCACAUGAGAGUUCACACUGGAGAGCAGCCUUUUAUAUGCCUUCAGUGUGGAAAGAGUUUUCAAAGUAAGAGAAACCUUAAAUCCCACAUGAGAAUUCACACUGGAGAGAAGCCAUUCACAUGUGAUCAGUGUGGAAAGAGUUUCAGAUAUAAAUCUACCCUUAAUCACCACAUGAGAAUUCACUCAACAGAAAAAUUAAUUAAAUGUCAUAAGUAUCGAAGGGGUUUUAAGAGACAGGAAUCAGCUAAAGAAUCAUGAGAAAAAUUCACAUUAGACCAAAGCCUUUCAUUUGGCCUUAGUGUGGGAUAAGAUUCAAACUUAAAGCAAACAUUACCAUUCAAAUGAGACCUCACACUGUACAGUGGACUUAUCAGUCAGACUUCAUGUCAUUUCCUGACUUGUUCUGGAAUUAAAUUGUACUGUUUCUCAUUGAGGUUUAAAGGUUUAUGAAAUGCAUAGAAGACCAUAUUCAUCACUCACAGAUACACCUGAAAUGUCAUUGUGAAAAUUCCCAAUACAAAUAUAAACAAUUUGAUAUUAAACUAAAUCUG